AUGGGCAAGCGGUUGCGAGCCAUGCCGGCUGAAUACCCGCUGGUUCGACAGGAACUUUUAGCCAGGCGCGAGGAGAAUGCGGAGUACAUAUUAUGUGCGGACGGCUCCAAGCUGGGGUUGCGAGCACACUGGCCCUUUGGCCGCAUUUGGGUCUGGAGAAGCCCAAGGCGAUUGCACAUGUGCGGGUGGAUGGUGGAUGGUGGAGAGGGAAGAGGUGAGCGGGCCGCUGGGGGCGUACGAGGGUCAGCCCUGGGGGAGAAAGGAGUUUGCAACCGGUCCUUGGUUCCGCAGGCGCGGCUGGGCCAGCAUGACGUGUGGUGGUCGCUUUCCGGAUUGGGAGCGGAGUCGGCGUCCAUGGCUCGCAUUGCACAGCAAAAGCGAAGGGCUGGUCACGUGGCCUCGGCGGAGCGGGCUGAGGGUGUACCACCGCUCCGUCUACGCGCGGACAGGGAUGCGGCCAAGUUUGGUAGCGCUGGCGUCAUGAUGGCCCAUCGAAGCCUGGCGAUGCAACAGCGGCAGGGCGAAGAAGCAAAGAGGGCGGGACGCGAUGAUGCAGGCCAGCGAGAAAAAAGCACUCAUCUCCCGCCUGCAGCGCCCCUCGCUUCCAACUGCGCCCUUGGUGCUGCCUGUACAGGUGCGUAUGCGUGCGUACGCCAAUGUGCCGGCGUCUCUGCAGAGGCGGCCAAAAGCAAAGCACACAAGGCUACAGAGACGGUGUUGGUCGGCCAGCGAUCUGACGACGGCAGGCUUGCGCCAUCGGCCACGAACCUUCUGACUCGACGCCGCCCGGCGCCGGAGCAAGAUACGACAUGCGGAAGCUGGCACAUGCUAAAAACUGGGCUUUCGCCUCAACAUGCAGGCCUAGGGCCCUUUUGCUGCCACAGCCGGCGGCUUUUCUGCCUCAGAAGCAGCGAGCAGCGUGUUCGCCGAGGUUGGCCAAGCGCCCGCGGCCACGUCGGGUCGUGUCGUACGGCCAAAUUCUGCUCUUUGCAACAAGCAGCCAAAGGCGCGCACGGCACACCCUGCGACAUGCAAUUUCCCCCACACCUCCCACCAGCCUCAACCGCGGGGCAGGGCGUGGUUGAGCCAAGAUUGACGGGCGAGGCACAAAUGCCAGCGCAGCCAUGCCAUGCCCAGCUACUUAUCGCUCUGCCCUGCCUGCCGCACUCGCCCCCAGGCCGUCUUGGUCGUCUUCAUGCGCGCCCGGCCAAUCACCCUGGCCCAUCUCGCCCUCGCACCGGGUUUCAGGAAGCGCCGCGUUCGGAACGUGUUUAUGCCACGACAGUGCUCCUGCCCUGCCGUCUUACUGAGGCCUGCAAACCCGCCGGCCAGGUAGAGGCAAUGGCCCUAGGUAGUGUACAGGCCAAGUUGCAUGACGGUACUUUGGUACCUACUGUCGGCUCCUGUGCUAGCCGGCCGUCUCACUGUGGCACGUAA